AUGCAGAGGGGCAGGUCGUGGUUCGGCUGUGUGCCCAUGAGCACGGCGGCGCUGCCCGUGGAGAGGGAUUUUGAUCUUCCUGCGGUGAAGCCGUCGUGGCCCUCGUCCGCCUCAGAUGGAGGAUUCGCAAAGGGCAGCAUCGACCUGGGAGGCAUGGAGGUGCGCCAAGUCACCACCUUCGCCAAGGUCUGGUCCACCACGCAGGGCGGCCAAGACGGCCUCGGCGCCACCUUCUUCAAGCCGGCGCCUGUCCCGGCCGGAUUCCACGCGCUCGGACACUACGCGCAGCCCAACAACCGGCCGCUCUUCGGCCACGUCCUCGUCGCCCGGGACGCGUCCGGCACCGGGGCGCUCCUUGCCCCGCCGCUGGACUACGCCCUUGUCUGGUCCAGCGGCCAGGACGAUGGCGCGGGCUUCUUCUGGCUCCCGACGCCGCCCGAUGGCUACAAGGCCGUCGGCGUGGCGGUCACGGCCACCAAGGAUAAGCCGCAGCCCGGAGAGGUCAUGUGCGUCCGCGCCGACUUCACCGACGCGUGCGAGGCCGAGGAGUCGGUGUGGGGCAGCGACAAGGACGGCUUCAGCGCCACCGGCCUGAGACCCGCGGUUCGCGGCAUCGACGCCCGCGGCGUGCACACCGGCACGUUCCUUGCACGAAGCAACGCCGCGCCGGCGAGCGCCUCGGCCUUGGCGUGUCUCAAGAACAACAGCGCGGCUUACACGUCGUGCAUGCCCGACCUGCCUCAGCUGAACGCCGUCCUCGCGGCCUACUCGCCGCACGUGUACCUCCACCCCAGCGACCCGUAUCUCCCUUCGUCGGUCACGUGGUUCUUCGAGAACGGCGCGCUGCUGUACCAGAAGGGCAACCCGACGCCGACGCCCGUGGCCGCCGACGGGUCCAACCUCCCGCAGGGCGGCGGCAACGACGACGCCUACUGGCUGGACCUGCCGGCGGACGCCGGCCAGAAGGAGCGGGUCAAGAAGGGCGACCUUGCCGGCGCCAAGGCGUACGUGCAGGCGAAGCCGAUGCUGGGAGGGACGGCGACGGACCUCGCCUUGUUCUUCUUCUACCCGUUCAACGGCCCCGCGCGGGCCAAGGUCGGGCCCCUCACCAUCCCGCUCGGCAUGAUCGGCGAGCACGUCGGCGACUGGGAGCACCUGACGCUGCGCGUGAGCAACUUCUCCGGCGAGCUCCUCCGGAUGUACUUCUCCCAGCACAGCACGGGCGCCUGGGCGGACGCGUCGCAGCUGGAGUACCUCGACGGCCGGCCGGUGGCGUACGCGUCGCGCCACGGCCAUGCCUUCUACCCCAGGGAGGGGAUGGUGCUGCAGGGGGACUCGAAGCUCGGGGUCGGGAUAAGGAACGACUGCGCCAAGGGGAGCAGGUUGGACACCGGCGGCGGGCGGUGCGAGCUGGUGUCGGCGGAGUACCUCGGCGCUGCCGGGAAGGUGGCCGAGCCGGCGUGGCUCGGGUUCGAGAGGGGGUGGGGGCCGAGGGAGGAGUACGACAUAGGCCGCGAGAUCAACCGUGCGGCGAGGAUCCUGCCGCGCGCCAUCAAGGAGCGGCUGGCUCAGCUAGUGAACAAGCUGCUGGUCGGGGAAGGCCCCACGGGGCCCAAGAUGAAGGGCAGCUGGAGAAACGACGAGAGGGAUCCCUGA